UCUCUUUCUCUCUCUACUGUAUCUACUAUACUUAUUCACUCUCCAUUUUUUCUCUGUAACUCUGUAUUGUACAUACAUUUUUUUAAUAAAUAAAUGGAAAAAUAAAGAAGAUCAUUUGAGAAUAGAGUAAAGCAAAAUCCAUUGUAGGGUUUUCUUUGAAAUUGGUGAAAACCCCCAAAACCCAUUCUUCAGAAAUUAAUAAAUUUGAAGUAUUUUUUUUCUAACUGACAUUCAGCUUAAAGAAACUAAAAUGUCGGUUUGGGUAUGAACCGGAUUCCGCCGAUCUAGCUCCGUAAUUCAAGAUCUCCGCCUUCACAUUGCAUUGGAGGCGGGGAGGUUAUAUGAAAGAAGCUGAAGGGAACACUGUGUUGUUUUAUUGAGGGGAAGGCAAAGAUGGAAUCGGAUUCACUACUUGAUUAUGCUGUUUUCCAGCUGUCACCGAAGCGCUCUCGAUGCGAAUUGUUUGUUUCUCGUGGUGGAAACACGGAGAAACUAGCAUCAGGAUUGUUGAAGCCUUUUGUGACCCAUUUGAAAAUUGCAGAAGAGCAAGUUGCAUUGGCUGUUCAAUCUAUUAAGCUUGAAGUUGAAAGGCGCAAAAAGGCUGAAUCAUGGUUCACGAAAGGAACCCUAGAAAGGUUUGUGAGGUUUGUCAGCACGCCAGAAGUUCUGGAGCUUGUCAAUACAUUAGAUGCGGAAAUGUCCCAGCUUGAAGCAGCCCGCAAGUUAUAUUCACAGGGAGCAGGCGACCAGUUUAAUGGGAAUGGUAGUGGUGGAUCUGGGGUUACCAUAACAGCUGAUGCGACAAAGAAGGAGCUACUGCGAGCAAUUGAUGUGAGGCUCACUACAGUUCAACAGGAUUUAUCUACAGCUUGUUCUCGUGCAGCAGCUGCUGGUUUCAAUCUGGAGACAGUAGCUGAACUUCAAACUUUUUCAGAACGGUUUGGUGCUCCUAGAUUGAACGAGGCCUGCAACAAAUUUUUAACCUUAAAGGAGAGGCGGCCAGAAUUGAUCAGCUUACGUAAAGUAUCUGCAAGAGAUGAUGGAGCCGUACGAUGUUCUUAUGGAUCAGACAUGUCAAUUGACGAGGACCCCACUACUCCCGACCAACGACUUACUGGGUCCCACUCUGCCGGCUUUGAAAAGUCCUCAACGUGUCAGCAACCACAACCCCAUGAGUCCAGCGUGGAACCAGAUGAAAAGGACUCCAUUGUUGAAAACGAAAAGGAGAAAGAGGAGGAGGAGGCAGAGAAAUCCGCGAAAUUGAAAAGGCGGCUGAGUGUACAAGAGCGUAUUAGCAUGUUUGAGAAUAAACAGAAGGAGAAUUCCGGGGGCAGCGGCAAGGCUGCUGUAGCGAAAACCCCCGAGCUGCGUAGGUUGUCAUCUGAUGUCUCGGUUCCGCCUGUGUUGAGGAGAUGGAGUGGUGCUAGUGACAUGAGUAUUGAUUUGGGUGGUGAUAGGAAGGAUACGGAGAGCUCUGUAUGCACACCAUCUUCUGCCUCGGAUGUACGUGGUGAAAGCAGAUUGGAUGACCAUACUAGGAAUGUCCAAGAUUCUCCCAGGACCAGGCCAAACUCAAAUUCGGGCAUUGUUGAUGUUGAUCAGGGCCGUGGGAAGACCAGGUCAAGCUCACAUAUAAGUGGAGGUGAGGAUAAGAAUGUGAAAAAUCAACCAGAUAUUGGAGGGCCAUUCUCCUCUUUCAAUAUGGGUAAAAGUGCUGAUUUUGGUUUGACUACUAACACAGACUUCAAGGGUUCUCAAGGUGUUAAGGAGCUUGAGAAGAGCAAAGGAAAAGUUAGUCGUCAGAUUGUUGGCCUGAAGGACCAGGGUAAUCUACCCGAGAAAUCUGGAGCUGGGCAGACCGAGAUUUUGUAUCAGAAGGAGGAUACUGAAUCAAUUGAUCAUUUGGUUUCUAAGCCGGAUAAAGCUCCUCCAAGAACUGCAGGGGUCUCUGCACAGUUGGAUAGUGGUUCUACAGCAAGAGUUACAGAAACUUCUGCUGCUAAAGUCCUCGAAGAUAGUUCACUGAAUCUGCAGCCAAGAUGGCAAACACUUUCUGAAACUGAGCAAGUUGAAAAGGAUGAGCUGUCUCCUUCCGAGAAAUUAGUUAGUGCUUCUCAAUCAAAGGUCAAAGAGCUUGGACAUGAACCAAUGAAAUUUAAGAAACAAGGUGGUGCAGCUGAACUGAUCAAGAAGACUCAAGAUAGGGGGUAUGAGAUCAGGUCUGGAACUAGCAAAACACCACUCUCGAGUAAAGUGGUUUUGGAGGCUGAGGAGGGACUUGACUCAUUUUCGACACCCCCUAUUGAGCAAGCUCAGAAGGCACGGCAGCCCAAAGCAAACCAGGAAAUGAAUGAUGACUUAAAAAUGAAAGCUAAUGAGCUAGAGAAGCUUUUUGCUGAACACAAAUUACGUGCUCCUGGUGAUAAAUCUAAUUCUACCAAGAGAAGCAGGCCAGGUGACGUGCAAAGCCGUCCAGCUGCUGGUUCUUCAUCCUACAGGAAAUCUGUGGUAGAUAAUAACAGUGUUAGAACUUCUGAGUACUUGUUUAAUGAACCUGCCUCAAGUUCCAAGGAUGUUCUAAAUAGGAAUUUCUCUGAACUAAGUUUUUCGGAGGGUUCUCGGGGAAAAUCGUAUGAGAGGUAUAUGCAGAAAAGGGAUAGAAAACUCAGGGAAGAAUGGAAUUCUAAGGGGGAAGAGAAGGAAGCCAAACAGAGGGCUAUGGAGAAUAGCCUUGAGAGGAGUAGAGCUGAGAUGAAGGCUAAGUUUGCUGGAUCUGCUGAUAAAGACAGUAUGUUUUCUAGUUCCCAUCGGCGGGCUGAGAGACUCAGAUCAUAUAAUUCGAGGUCUAUUCUAAGGAGAGACCAGCAACAAUUAGUUUUUGAGCAAAGUGAUAACGAUGAAGAUAUGCCUGAAUUAUCGAAGCAGAAAAAAUAUGGUGAAGACAGGUCUUUCGAUGAAACAUCCUUCGGGGAUGAUGUUCGUAAAAGCACUCGGGGUAAGAAGCCUUUACCUGUCAAAGGUUUGUCUUCAUCCACACCUCGCACCACAGUAGCACCUGUUCCAAGGUCUUCUGGGAAAGCUUCUAAUAAUACAUCAGGUAAGCGGAGAAUUCAAUCUGAAAAUCCUUUGGCACAGUCUGUCCCAAACUUCUCUGACAUGAGAAAGGAGAACACCAAGCCUUCUUCCACAGCUGGUAAGACAACUCGUUCACAAUCUAGAAAUUACACCCGUAGCAAAAGCACAAGUGAAGAGGUACCCCUUAUCAAAGAGGACAAAUCACGAAAACCACAAUCCUUGAGAAAAAGCUCCGCCAAUAUUGUGGAAUUUAGGGAGACAUCCACUUUCGAUUCUGAUGGUGUUGUUCUGACACCUCUCAAGUGUGACAAGGAUGAGAUGGAGCGGAGUAUCGAUAAAUUUCCAAAGAGUUCUGGUUCAAAGACCUUACUAAAGAAGGGUAAGAAUACUGACUUCAGCUCUAGAGGUGGUCUGACUAAGACAAGGGCUUCUGCUGUAUCUAAGAUUGUGGACGACAAUGAUGAGUAUGAUGAUAUGGUAUUUGAGCCCGAAGACUCCGAAGGUAUGGGCCCUGAUGAAGAAGAGGAGGAAUUUGAGCACAUGACGGCUGAAAUUCAUGAAAACUUUGAUAACGGGGAACCAAGACUGAGCCAUGAUUCAGAGAAGUUGGAAAACUCUGGAUCAGAGAAUGGUGAUGUUCUGAGAUCAUUUUCUCAAGUGAACUCUGCUUCAGAAGCUGUAUUGCCUUCUAUGGUCUCUAACAAGUUGUUAUCUGGUGGACUUGUGCAAGAUUCACCGGGAGAAAGUCCCGUCUCAUGGAAUACACAUGCUCAUCACCCUUUUUCUUAUCCUCAUGAGAUGUCUGAUGUUGAUGCAUCCGUGGACUCUCCUGUGGGAAGUCCUGCGUCCUGGAAUUCACAUUCUCUAAGUCAAACAGAUAGUGAUGCAGCUAGAAUGAGGAAGAAAUGGGGAAUGGCUCAGAAACCUAUGCUCGUGGCAAAUUCUUCUAAUAAUCAAUCACGCAAAGAUAUGGCCAGAGGAUUUAAACGGUUUCUGAAAUUUGGGAGGAAAAAUCGCGGCACAGAUAAUUUGGUUGACUGGAUUUCUGCUACCACUUCUGAAGGAGAUGAUGAUACAGAAGAUGGACGUGACCCUUCUAAUCGAUCUUCAGAUGAUUUAAGAAAGUCAAGAAUGGGCUUCUCUCAGGAACAUCCAUCUGAUGAUAGCUUUUAUGAGAAUGAGUUUUUCAGUGAACAAGUUCAAGCCUUGCGCAGUUCAAUUCCAGCACCUCCAGCUAACUUCAAAUUGCGUGAAGAUCAAUUAUCAGGGAGCUCAAUAAAAGCUCCAAGAUCAUUCUUCUCCUUGUCGACAUUCAGAAGCAAGGGAAGUGACUCAAAGCCAAAGUGACUAUCCAAAGCAAUAGAUAGCUCUUUCAAAGUAUAAAGUUCCACUAAUUCUUGGAAUUGCCUUGAUUGCACACGUAACUUCAGACUAUAUUUCGAAGCAAGAGGUCAAGGUAGAUGGCGCUACUAUCAUCUAAAUAUGUUGUAUACUUGUACUUAGUAAUCACGGGGCUUCUGAAGCCUUGCUUGUGCUUUUAGCUGUUUCUAGUAGUUGUCCCAGAAUAUAUGUUGUAUAUUGUCUUGAGAGGACAAUAGCGGAAUAUUAAUGUGAUUUUGGUAGUCAUAGCAUUCUUUCUUAUGUUAUUUACUCUUGAUUUUUUUGGUAAAUAUCAGAAAUUAAAUUUUGUUCUA